AUGACCUCCAUUCAGAACGUCGCUAUCAUCGGUGCUGGCCUUUCAGGUCUCACUCUUGCCCUCGCAUUACACAAGCAGUCCAUCCGCUGCACUAUCUACGAAGCGCGACCCGCGCCCCUCGACAUCGGCGGCGCCAUCAUGCUGUCUCCCAACGCCCUCCGCAUCCUCGAUACCAUAGGCGUCUACGAGCGCAUUCACCCACAUGGUUACAAUUUUGACGAGCUACAUUUCCGCUCUGCUAGCAAUGAGCCCAUCGAUGUCUAUGAAUUCGGCAAUGCCGAGAAAUACAGCUACCGUGGCAUGCGCAUCUACCGCCACGUCCUCAUCUCGCAGCUCUCGGCGCUCGCCGAGGAAUCUAACAUCCCAAUUCAAUACAACCGAAAAUUCUCGCGUAUCGUCUCCGAGACACCCACUGAUGUCACUUGGCAAUUCGCCGACGGAGCCGCUGAAAAAGCAACAUGCCUCGUGGGAGCAGAUGGCAUCCACUCGCGCGUCCGCAAGUACCUCUACCCGGAGCUAGAGCCCAAGUUCACCAACAUGAUGGGGGUGACGGCCGCUGUGCCGACGGCGAAUCUGAAGGUCCCCGAGGGAUACGAGUUACCCGUGACGAUCAUAAACCCGCAGCAUGGAGCGUUCGUCAUAGCCCCGCAACAGCAAGACGGGUCGGAGGUGUUGAUAGGGCGACAGAAGCGUGCGCCGGAGCUAGAUCGUACGGGUUGGACCGCCCUCAUGAACGACACGAACUGGUGCGUGGACUUUCUGCGUGAAGCGGCGGAUGACUUUCCCCAGAUUGUACGAAACGCGGUGUCGGAUAUCUCACCCGACAAAAUCAACCUGUGGCCGUUCUACGUGGUGCCGAAGCUGGAGAGGUGGAAUUCGAAACACUCUCGCGUGGUUAUCCUGGGUGAUGCGGCACAUGCGAUCGCGCCGACUUCGGGACAGGGCGUCAAUCAGGCUUUUGAGGAUGUGUAUACGUACUCGUUGAUACUGGCUAGGGCUGGGGAAUCUCAACUUGAUAGGGCGUUGCAGGCGUGGCAGCGUGGUCGACAGGAGCGGGUUGAUAAGGUCCUGGAACUCAAUGCACAAAUCGACAAGCGGAGGAUGCCGAAGCAGGGGGAUCAGGAUGAUGUGGAAAUGAGCGAGAAGUUUGAUUUGGAGUGGCUGUAUCGACCUGAGUUUGAGGCAAUGGUUGAGGGAUGGCUUCGCACGGAGGGCUUAGAGUAA